AUGUGCCCUAAAGACGUAGUGAAAGCCGCACAGCCCGACCAAACUAUCGAUACGACAAAAGAUAUAGACCUCCAAGAACUGCAGGCGGUAUAUUGCGUCAUCGGCGACCAGCAAGUAGAAAUUCUGGAGAAUGCGUUCGAUUUUGCGCUAGAUCUGAGAAAAGUUCGCGCUGGACGACCAAUAGAGAACUUAUCACAUGAAAUACGCCAAUUUUCGAAUGCGGAAUACUAUACCAAAGCAGGCUACAAGAGCUUCACGAAAAUUUUGCAAGAACGAAAAGUUGCAGCCGAUAUCACCGAAAUCGAUAGUCGAAUUUGCUCAUCGAAAGUCACCAAUAUACCAGAAGCAAUCGCGUACAUUCAAUCAAUCCUUGCAAACCUACAUCGCUUGACAGAAUUCUACGGCAUCAAUUUUGGAAAAUGGCGCUUCAAACGCUACGUCAACGAGCAGAAAAUUAAUAGCGAACUCGUCAUAUUUCCGGUGGCAAAAAAUACGGACAGCUGGCGCAACACCAAAAAGAACCCUCACCAACACCAGCGUACACCGGAAGACGACCGACGCACGACCAACAAUAGUACUCUUGACGAAGCGAGGUGGAAAAAUGUGGUACAUCCACUCAAUUGGUGCCAGAUGCUUGUCAAGAAAUACUUUGGAUAA